AUGGAAACAAAUACUACUAUUUUGCAAGACAAUUCAAGGGUAGUUUCGCCCAAGGUUUCCAGUUCUGUGACACCAUUGGUAUGUUACCCGUGUCUAUAUCCUCACAAGACGAAAAUGACAGAAUCUACAAGCAUCUUAGAGAUACAAGUAGAUGCUGAGAACAACUGGUGGUCCUCAGGUGCACGAUCAACUGACACUGUCCACUGGUUUUGGUUAUCCAACGGACAACUUGUUAAUUAUACAAACUGGGCAAUUUCAGAACCUAACAACAGACUUAGUGAGCAAUGCUUAGCUUUGGUUUUAAAUAAGGACAAAGGACUUUACUUCUUUGAUGUUGGAUGCCAUGUAGAACAUCCAGUUAUAUGUGAAAGACCUGUCAAACAAAGUAAAUUGAGUAAAAGGGAAAUACAAAAGCCUUGGUUAAAACGUGCCCAAGCUGUCAAGAAGCAAAAAUCUCUUGGAAAAUAUUAUAUAGAACAAGAUUUCGAGGUAUGUACUUGUCUGUUGACAUGUUUUGUUAUUUACGUAGCACAAAAAAUAGUCCACAAUUUUUUAAAUAGUUUAAUUUACAUGAUCUUUCGAUUCCUUUUCAUCAUUAUAUUCACCACAAGUCGAAACUUCUUCAAAAAGUGCUAA